CUCCUCUCCCAAAUAAAAACUAAGCCAACUCCUUCCCAAUCCCAUUCAUUUACAUUCCUAUAUAUUUCUCCCAUCUCAAUUCUCAACAACCCUUAGUCAAAAAUCAUCAACUCUUUUUCCUAUUUUAUACCCACCCUUCCACCAUUAUUACCAUCCCCACAUUUUUUGAAGCACACAAAAAUGGCUUCCUCUGCAACUUCCCCUUCCAUCUUCUCAUCUCUCACCAACAAUACCCAUUUCCCUAAAUCAUCAUCAUCAUCAUCGAAUCCAGAUAACCUCUCUUUCCUCAGUUCUUCAAAAAUCUUCCGUAAAAUUUCACUCAAAAAUCCAAAAAAUGAUCAACUCAAAACAAUAAACAAUGCUUUCAAAUCAAACACCAUUGAUCUAUCACCAUCAAUCGAAACUUCUCUCAACGAUCUUUCAAACGGUGCAGGAUUCAAACAAACCCGACCGACGAUCCUCGUCUCCGAAAAACUCGGAGAAGCCGGGAUUUCCGUUUUGAAGGAGUUUGGAGAUGUGGAUUGUAUUUACGAUCUGUCGGCGGAGGAUUUGUGCAGUAAGAUCUCGCAGUACGAUGCGUUGAUUGUUCGGAGUGGAACGAAGGUGAAUCGCGCGGUGUUUGAGGCUGCGAAGGGGAAGUUGAAAGUAGUAGGACGAGCAGGUGUUGGGAUUGAUAAUGUGGAUUUGCAUGCUGCGACGGAGUACGGUUGUUUGGUGGUGAAUGCGCCGACGGCGAAUACGAUUGCGGCUGCGGAACAUGGAAUUGCGUUGCUUACUGCUAUGGCGCGGAAUGUGGCCCAGGCUGAUGCUUCCAUUAAAGCUGGAAAAUGGCUAAGAAGCAAGUAUGUAGGAGUGUCUUUGGUGGGGAAGACAUUGGCAGUUAUGGGAUUUGGAAAGGUCGGAUCAGAAGUUGCUAGACGAGCAAAAGGACUUGGUAUGCAUGUUAUUGCCCACGAUCCUUACGCUCCAGCAGACAGAGCCCGAGCUGUUGGUGUCGAGCUGGUAUCCUUUGAGCAGGCUGUGUCCACUGCUGACUUUGUCUCCCUACAUAUGCCCCUCACCCCUGCCACCAAGAAGAUCUUCAAUGACACCACCUUUUCUAAAAUGAAGAAGGGUGUGCGCAUCGUUAAUGUUGCUCGGGGUGGUGUGAUCGAUGAAGAUGCUUUGGUUAGGGCUCUGGACUCGGGUAUUGUUGCUCAGGCAGCACUUGAUGUGUUCUGUGAGGAACCCCCGUCGAAGGAUAGCAAAUUGGUGCAGCACGAAAAUGUGACUGUAACACCUCAUCUCGGAGCCAGCACCAAAGAAGCUCAGGAAGGAGUGGCUAUCGAAAUAGCUGAAGCAGUUGUCGGAGCAUUGAAAGGCGAACUCUCUGCAACUGCGGUGAAUGCACCGAUGGUCCCUGCAGAGGUUUUAUCAGAAUUAGCUCCAUAUGUCCAGUUAGCAGAGAAGCUAGGAAGACUAGCAGUACAACUGGUGGCCGGAGGAAGCGGAAUCCAGACCAUCAAAGUGUCCUACAGAACAGCAAGAGGGCCAGAUGACCUCGACACCAGACUCUUGCGAGCCAUGAUCACCAAAGGCAUCAUUGAGCCGAUCUCUGAUAUGCACAUCAACCUUGUCAAUGCAGACUUUACCGCCAAACAGAAGGGUCUCCGCUUAAGUGAAGAGAGAGUAUCCGUGGACUCCUUCCCCGAGAAUCCAAUCGACUCAAUCCAAAUCCAAAUCCCGAAUGUGCAAUCCAAAUUCGAGAGUACAAUCCUGGAAAAAGGAGAUAUAAGCAUUGAAGGAAAAGUAAAGGACGGGAUUCCCCAUUUGACUUGUGUCGGGUCAUUUGCUGUGGAUGUGAGUCUUGAAGGGAAUAUUAUACUUUGCAGGCAAGUUGAUCAACCAGGCAUGAUUGGGAAAGUAGGGAACAUCCUAGCCGAGCAUAAUGUGAACGUCAAUUUUAUGAGUGUGGGACGGACUAGCAGGGGGCAGAAAGCUUUAAUGGCGAUUGGCGUCGAUGAAGAACCCGAUAUGGAUUCCCUUCACAAGAUCGGUCAAAUUCCUGCAAUCGAAGAAUUUGUGUUCCUUAAACUUUAGGAUCAAUGUAGCAGAUAUUAUAGAAUAAAGGCUGGCUUCAAAUAUCCUGAAGCUCUAGACUAUGUUGGAGACCCCCCCAUCCCCUUUAUUUUUAGCACCACUAGUUGAAGAAAAAAACAGACUUGUGUUUGUUAAUGUUUCUAUAAAUCAUAUCAAUCAUAAUGUCAUUAUUUGAUUA